AUGACAGGCGCCCACGCGCUGCAGGGGGCCGCCGCCGCCAACGGAGAUCAGGCCGCCGCCGUCCCCACGGGCCUCGACCUCCUGCCCGCUACUUUGGCGGACCUCACCGGCAGCCUCCGCGCCAUCCGCUUCGAGCUCGCGGAGAUCAAGGCCGGCCAGCACCCGCCGCCCCCACCGGCCGCUGUUCCGCCGCCGCCCCCACCGGCCGCUGUUCCGCCCGCCGCCCCCACCGCCCGCCAAUCCGCCGCCACCCCCACCGCCCGCCUCCGCCGCCGGCAAUGGCCGACCCGCGUGGUGGCCGCCAUCGCCCUCGCCGAUUCCCACAUGGACCGACGCGUCGCCCGUCUACACUCAUACUGCGGCGCGGACGACGGUUCAGCAGCCCGCCCACCGCCUUGGCGGUCCUGGCGGGUCUGCGGGCCCCUUCGCCGCGAGCACGCCCUUCAACCCGGGCCGCCAGGAGGGCGCCCCCGAGGUCCCGCCUUUGGCACAGCAGCCGCCCCGCUUCACUAA